CCGCAUAAAACCAGAAAAUAAUCUAGAGUCCAAACUGGGGUGAAAAAUGGCUCCUCAAAGGCAGAUUGCUUUGCUUUGUACCUUGUUUUGUAGUAUAGCAUUCAUCACUUGCGGAGCAGAAGGACAGACUGGUGCUGAGCCAGAAGUGACUAUCACACUUGGACGGCUCAAAGGGAGACAAACAAAUGUGAAGGGCACAGACAGACUUGUAAAUGUUUUCCUUGGGAUUCCUUUUGCAAAGGCACCUGUUGGAUCCUUGAGGUUUUCCCCACCUGAACCACCAGAACCCUGGAAUGAUCUGAGAGAUGCAACUUCUUACCCACCACUAUGUCCUCAAGAUCUGUCCAUGUUGAAAACAGCUGAAAAAAACUUUAAAGAAAAACACGUUCCAUUCCGAACUUCUGAGGACUGUUUGUAUCUAAAUGUUUACAGCCCUGCUGGUUCAAACAAGAAGGACAAGUUACCUGUAAUGGUGUGGAUCCAUGGAGGCAAUUUCAUAUUUGGUGGUGCUUCUAGGUAUGAUGGUUCUGCACUAUCAGCCUACGAGAAUAUUGUGGUAGUAAUAAUUCAGUACAGACUUGGACUCCUUGGAUUCCUCAAUACUGGUGAUGAACAUGCUCGUGGGAACUGGGCAUUUUUGGAUCAAGUAGCAGCUCUUCGGUGGAUCCAAGAAAAUAUUGAACACUUUGGUGGAGAUCCAGGAUCUGUCACACUCUUUGGUGUAUCUGCAGGAUCUUGCUCUGUUUUUGCACAUGUUUUAUCUCCUUUGUCUAAGGGUCUCUUUCAUAAAGCAAUAUCAGAGAGUGGAAUUUUAAUCCCCCCUGUUAAAGAUUUACUUCUUUCAACAGAUCUUAAGAAAAUUGCAAGUAUAUUUAAGUGUGAGACGAGCAGUUCACUCUCUCUGAUAAACUGCUUGAGGAACCAGGAAGCAGAGGAUAUAGUCUUUAACAGUACGGAAAUCCCAUUUCUACCCUUAGUUUUGGAUGGAGUAUUUCUUCAUAAGUCACCUGAAGAGAUCCUGGCUGGAAAAGAAUUUAAUGCAGUCCCAUUUAUGAUAGGAGUCACCAACAAUGAAUUUGGCUGGAAUAUUAGAUCUACAUCAAAAAUACCAGGUUUGAAGGAAAUAGGAGAUAAAAAAUCAAUCACUUCAACUUUAGAAUUUUUACUGCCGAUGAUGUAUAUGUCAUCAGAGUUUCUGCCUGUGAUAGUGGAUGAAUAUCUAGGAAAUACAGAUGAUCCUGCUGAGCUACGGGACCGAUUUCUGGACUUGCUAGGGGAUAUAGGAAUUGUCAUGCCAUCCAUAAAAGCAUUGAAUUAUCACAAGGAGUCUGGAGCUCCUGUCUACUUCUUUGAAUAUCAGCAUCGGCCCACUUCAUAUUGGGAUAGUAAACCAGAGUAUGUGAAAGCUGAUCAUGGAGAUGAAGUUGGCUUUGUCUUUGGAGGACCGUAUCUGGCUGGUGAUAUUCAGCUAUGUAGUGAAGUUACAGAGGAAGAAAAGAACCUUAGUAGAACUCUAAUGAAGUACUGGGCUAAUUUUGCUCGAAAUGGAAAUCCCAAUGGGGAAGGUUUGGUUGACUGGCCAUCUUAUAACCUAAAUGAAGAAUACUUGCAGAUAAAUCUAAAACAAAAAAAAGCCAGAAAGUUGAAAGAAAAGAAGGUAGACUUCUGGAGAAAGGUGAUGUUUGAAAAGACAAAUAACAAAAGAACAGAAAACAAGAAGGUUAAUUCAGAGUUAUAG